AUGGCCGGCCGCGAGAAACAAUUGGACUAUAUUACGAGUACGUCCCGGUACGGUAACGUAGUAUGUUAUAACCAAACGAUUGCGAAAACAAUCGGAGAUGCUAAUGGAUGGGAGAACGCAAGUUCGCUUGCAGCCGUACUUCCUAUUUUCGUAACGCAACUAUUUGUCGCCAAUUUUACGUACCGCAUUAUCUACUAUUUGACCCGGCCGCUACUUCUUCCUCCUUUCGUCGCUCAAAUCCUUUGCGGGUUACUGUUCAGCCCGACGGUGAUCGGCAGAAGCGAGUUUGUCCUCUAUUAUAUCUUCCCGUAUAGAUUCACAAUGGUCCUCGAGACAUUCGCAAACUUAGCUCUCGUCUACAACAUUUUCCUCCUCGGUCUCGGUAUGGACUUGAGGAUGAUAAGAAUCAAAGAACUCAAACCAGUGGUCAUAGCCAUCGUUGGCCUCCUUGUGGCUUUAUCGGCCGGUGCUGGCUUCUAUUACCUUCCCGGUAACGGAGACAUCGACAAGAUAUUCGGAGGUUGUGUCUUCUGGUCCGUUGCGUUUGGCUGUACGAACUUCCCUGACCUUGCCAAGAUUCUUGCCGAUCUCAAGCUCUUGCGUACGGAUAUGGGACGUACCGCCAUGUGUGCAGCCGUUAUCACGGAUUUGUGCACUUGGGUUUUACUCGUUAUCGGAAUCGCAAGUGUGACCAAACAAGGUCUGUGGAACGAGAAGAUGCCAUACGCAAUACUAUCAACCAUGGCGUUCGUCCCUUUCUGCAUCUUCGUGAUGCGUCCAGGAAUCGCUUGGGCCUUCGCCAACACCGUCAAAGGAGGUAACGUCGGAGACACUCACGUCUGGUUCACUCUCACAGGAGUCGCUCUCUGCGCCCUAGUCACCGACUUGUUUGGGACCCACUCAAUCACCGGAGCUUUCUUGUUUGGUCUCUCGAUCCCUCACGACCACAUCAUUCGAAACAUGAUCGAAGAGAAGCUCCACGAUUUCCUCUCGGGGAUGCUGAUGCCUCUUUUCUACAUCAUCUGCGGUUAUAGACUCGAUCUUGGGUACAUGUUCAAGUACACGAGCCUUGGAAUGUUGGCGUUUGUGAUUUCUUCGUCUUUCAUGGUCAAGAUUUUGUCCACUGUCGUUUGCUCCGUCUUCUUGCGUAUGCCUUUGCGUGAUGGUUUCGCUAUUGGUGCGCUUAUGAACACCAAAGGUACUAUGGCACUAGUCACUCUCAAUGCAGGACGUGACACCAAGGCAUUGGACGUAAUAAUGUACACACAUAUGACAAUGGCGUUCCUAGUGAUGUCAAUAGUGGUGGAGCCACUUUUAGCAUUUACUUACAAACCAAAGAAGAAAUUGGUUUUCUAUAAAUACAGAACCGUUCAAAGACUCAAAGGAGAAGUAGAGUUUCGUGUAUUAACCGGCGUUCAUUUCCUCGCUAACGUCCCCGGCAUAACCAAUCUACUAAAAGUCUCUCACCCGACCAAGCAAUCUCCUCUCACCGUCUUUGCAGUCCACCUUGUCGAGCUAACCGGUCGCACCACGGCUUCUUUGCUCAUAAUGAACGACGAGGCGAAACCCAAAGCUAACUUCUCGGACCGAGUCAGAGCGGAAUCCGAACAGAUCGCUGAGAUGAUCCAAGGUGUGGAAGCGAGCAACGAAGCCAUGAAGAUUCAGACCAUCACCGCGGUUUCACCUUACACGACGAUGCACGAAGAUAUUUGUUCGUUAGCCGAGGAUAAACAAGUCAGCUUCAUUUUGUUGCCUUACCACAAGAAUCAGACCUCGGACGGUCGGUUAGGUGAAGGGAACGAUGCGCUCGCGGAGAUCAACCAAAACGUUCUGAGCCACGCGCCAUGUUCGGUCGGGAUUUUGGUCGACCGUGGCAUGACGAAUGUCCGGUCUGAAUCCACUUCGUUCCAAGGCGAAACCACAAAGAAAGAAAUCGCAAUGAUAUUCAUUGGAGGCCGGGACGAUAGAGACGCUUUGGCUUAUGCUUGGAGAAUGGUGGGACAAGAAAUGAUCAAACUCACGGUUGUGAGAUUUGUCCCCGGCCGGGAAGCUUUAGCCUCGGCCGGGAAAUCCUCGGUUGCGUACGAGAAGGAGAGACAACUCGACGAAGAGUACAUCUACGAGUUUAACUUCAAGACUAUGGAUGAUUCGUCGGUGACUUAUAUAGAGAAAGUGGUUAACGAUGGUCAAGAGACGAUUGCAUCGAUUAGAGAAUUGGAAGAUAACCAUUCUUACGAUCUUUACAUUGUGGGGAGAGGGUACAAAGUAGAAUCACCUGUCACCACGGAUUUAACAGAUUGGAGUAGUACUCCGGAUUUAGGGACUAUAGGCGAUACAUUAGCAUCUUCCAACUUCACAAUGCAAGCUUCGGUUCUUGUGAUCCAGCAAUACUCAGCCGCCAAUAGACAAAACGCAGAAAACAAUCAAGAACAUGCUGAAGGUGGAGCCAAGACCGCUCAUGAAGCUAGGCCUUUUAAGGAUUCUCAUGACGAGGAAAAGGAUGAGGAAGGGCAACAGUACCAAAUGGGAAUGCGCAAAUGA